AUGAGCGUCACACGACAAUAUCACACAACAUCAACAUUAGCAAAUGGAUCAGUAUUGGUUACUGGCGGAUACGGCGAUACUGGCUCUCUCAAUAGUGCUGAAUUGUACAAUCCAUCAACAGGCGCUUGCACAACUACAGGAAGCAUGAAUGCCACACGAUAUACUCACACAGCAUCCACAUUAGCAAAUGGAUUAGUAUUAGUUACUGGUGGAUUCAACGGUGUUAAUCUUAAUAGUGCUGAAUUGUACAAUCCAUCAACACGCACUUGGACAAAUACAGGAAACAUGAAUACUGCACGACAAUUGCAUACAGCAUCCAUAUUACCAAAUGGAUAUGUAUUAGUUGCUGGUGGACAGAACGGUAGUUAUCUCACUAGCGCUGAAUUGUACAAUCCGUCAACAGGCACUUGGACAACCACAGGAAGCAUGAAUGCCGCACGACAAUUUCACACAGCAUCCAUAUUAGCAAAUGGAUAUGUAUUAGUUUCUGGUGGACAGAGCAGUAGUUAUCUCACUAGCGCUGAAUUAUACAAUUCAUCAACAGGUACUUGGACAGUCACAGGAAGCAUGAGUGUCGCACGAUUAUCUCACACCGCAUCCACAUUAGCAAAUGGAUUAGUAUUAGUGGCUGGUGGGCAAAAUGGUAGUUAUCUCACUAGUGCGGAGCUGUAUAAUCUAUCCACAGGCACUUGGACAACCACAGGAAGCAUGAAUGCCGCUCGACAAUUGCACACAGCAUCCAUAUUAGCAAAUGGAUAUGUAUUAGUUGCUGGUGGACAGAACAGUGGUGGUAUCCUCAAUAGUGCUGAAUUGUACAAUCCAUCCACAGGCACUUGGACAACUAUAGGAAGCAUGUAUGCCGCACGAUAUCGGCACACAGCAUCUACAUUAGCAAAUGGAUCAGUAUUAGUUACCGGCGGAUACAAUGGUGUUAAUCUUUUAAAUAGUGCUGAACUUAAUUAUUCGAUAUAG